UUAUAGAAAUUAAGUUGAAUAUUUAAGAAAUUUAUCCCUUCCCUUCCAAAUAUUCAAGAAAUUUAUAGAUUCAACGUCGAAUUUGAACAUGAUUGGUUGGAUGCGAUGAUUUCCAAGUUCUGAACUUUUUCGCCGUUCGAUUCCAGUUCCGGCGUAACGACGUGGCUUCACGGGUACACGCAUCAUGGGCUGCACUUGCAUGCCCUCCUCCCUUUACGCUUCUUUUCCACUUCUCCGCCGCCACUCGCCGCCGCCGCCGCCACCCCUACAUUUCACCGCCGCCACCGUCCAUUUUUACUCAUUUCCCUCCAAACAACUAAUCAACACAACCCCUUCUCACCCCUUUCGCCUUUGGGUCCUUCCUCUCUUGUCAGAAGCCAGUGGCGGCGGCAACAACCACAAUAACAACAACAACAAUGGUGGUGGUGGUGGUGAUUGGGGUUACCCCUUUGACUCUGGGGAUUCGGAUUCUUCUUCAGGUUCUCAUCACACCCUUUUAUUUUCCUUGCUCUGCUCUUCCGCUAUCUUUUUCUUCUGCCAGCUCCUACUGGCCAAACUCGCAAAGGCGAAAAGUUUGUCUUCUUCUUCCAUUGAGAAUGAGACAGUUUGGGUAGUGAAAGGUGGAAACUUUACUAGGUUCAUCCCUGAUCAUGUCAAGGAUGCUUUUGUUUCCGCACAACCUGACCUCUUUACUGAAUUAUCAUCCCUCAAUGCUUCACAAGUUCCGAGCUUUCUAUGGUUCAAGUUGAGGGACCUCUUGGUGCGCUUGAUGCUCCCUGAAGGUUUUCCCAAUAGUGUAACUAGUGAUUACUUGAAGUAUUCCCUGUGGAGAGGAGUUCAAGGUGUUGCAAGCCAGGUUAGUGGGGUGCUGGCAACACAAGCCUUGCUUUUUGCUGUUGGAUUGGGAAAAGGAGCUAUUCCCACUGCUGCUGCCAUCAAUUGGGUACUCAAGGAUGGAAUUGGAUACCUCAGCAAGAUCUUGUUGUCCAACUUUGGUCGCCAUUUUGAUGUCGACCCAAAAGGGUGGAGAUUGUUUGCUGAUCUUCUUGAAAAUGCUGCCUUUGGUUUGGAGAUUUGUACUCCUGCCUUCCCUCAUUUUUUUGUUCUUAUUGGUGCUGUAGCUGGGGCAUCGCGUUCUGCGGCUGCAUUGAUUCAGGCUUCUACCAGGAGCUGUUUCUACGCUGGUUUUGCUGCUCAAAGGAAUUUUGCUGAGGUAAUUGCUAAAGGUGAAGUCCAAGGAAUGGCAAGCAGGUUUAUUGGUAUCAUGCUUGGUAUUGGACUGGCUAACUGUGUGGGCUCAUCCACGCCUCUCGUUCUUGCUUCUUUUGGUGUUGUGACUUGGGUUCACAUGUAUUGCAAUCUGAAGUCAUAUCAGUCCAUUCAAAUACGAACUUUAAACCCUUAUCGUGCAAGUUUGGUUUUCAGCGAAUAUCUACUGAGUGGCCAGGCGCCUCCAGUUAAAGAGGUCAAUGACGAGGAGCCACUAUUUCCUGCUGUACCCAUGUUAAAUGCAACUUUUGCAAACAGAGCACAAUCAAUUGUUUUAUCAUCUGAAGCAAAGGAUGCAGCAGCGGAAAUUGAAGGCCGUCUGCAGCUUGGAUCCAAGCUCAGUGAAAUUGUCAACAGCAAGGAGGAUGUGCUUGCUCUCUUUAGGCUUUACGAAAAAGAAGGCUACAUCUUGUCUGAGCACAUGGGAAAAUUCUGUGUUGUGCUUAAAGAAAACUGUUCACAGCUAGAUAUGCUCAAAGCAUUGUUUCAGGUCAAUUACCUUUAUUGGUUAGAGAAGAAGGCAGGAAUUGAAGGAAGAGGAGUCCUUAAUGAUUCCAAACCUGGUGGGAGGCUGCAUAUAUCUCUGGAUUAUGUGGAAAGGGAAUUCAACCAUGUUAGAAAUGAUGGAGAAUCAGUAGGUUGGGUCACAGAUGGGCUAAUUGCAAGGCCUUUGCCUAAUAGGAUUCGUCCAGGCAACACAGCAUACUCAGUGAGUAGCUGAUAUGGUGAAUGAAUGGCUGGUGGUUUUCAUGCAUGGCUGCGUUGUUUUCCAUGAGGAAGCAAGUGGAAUCAAGAUGUCUUGGAGAUCGAGGACAUUGGUUGGUUCUCUGCCAUUGUUGUUGAGCAAAGCAUGCAACUCAAUGGGUUUAAUGGCGGGAAGACAGCUACAAAUGGUUGAAGCCACAUGGUGUGAAAAAAAACCACAAGUUAAAGUGCCAACUUGCCUACCUGUUGUCAAUGUCAAUGAAUGGAAUGACCCGGAAACGAUCAAAUAAUUGGGAAAAAGUGACGGCUUUUACUCGGGAGAUUGCACCCCAUGGAUAGUUCAGAAAACUGUUUAUAGUUUGAGAUGUGCAGUAAAAUGUGUUUUGCUCUUUUCGUAAGCAAAAUUAAUACCUAAUACAUGUAGUUGGCACAGUAUCUCACACAAGUGCGCUUUCAUACACAAAUUUGAUGUUUCUUAACCAUUAUAGAUUGCCUUUU